UUGACAAACAGAUACACUUUCCUAUAUUGUUACAAUUAUGUCAGUAUCACUAAAGUUUGCUCCAAGGCAGUUCUCCUCCAAUGUGACCAUGAGCGUUUCUGUGUUUAUAGCUGCCGUAAUUCUCGCAGCAGGAACACAAGUCUUGACACAAAAUGAUUCGGAAUUAGACUACAAUUUUAUUUUUGAAGAAGACAAAAUAGUUCCGAUUCCAUUAGUGACAACAGAAAAGUCAAAUAAUGCGCCUGAGGCAGUGGUUGCAACAACUACAAAUGUUCCUCAAGUCGCAAAACCAGGUGUAAGUGUGUCGGGAAUAGCACCUUCACGUUUAAAUGGGUCCGAAAUAACAACUGAGAGUAGUAGUAAUCUUACAUCUAAGAAAUUUGGUAAGUUGUCAAUACUUGUAUGA